CAGAAAAAAAGCGCGCUUUCCCAACCGGAAGCGUUGCCAUGGCGACCGCUUCAGCGACACCGGAAGUGGCGGAACCGUUAAAAAUGGCGGCGCUGAAGGAGGGAGAAGGCCGCGAGUGAAGGAAAAAAGAUGGCGCUGCCCUCCUCUUCCUAUUGGUCGCCCCGGUGGGCGGGGCCGGAGCGUCGCCAGGAGUGGCUGGUGCGUCGUCGGGAGGAGGAGCUCCGGUCCCGGGCGCAGUGGGAACGGGCCAGCCGGGACUUCCGACAGAGCCGGGCCUGCGCCGCCAAGCACGACGAGUGGGCCUCACCCAAGUCCUUCCAGGCCAGCAUGAGCGCCUUCGAGGAGCGUGAGGAGCAGAAGGAGGAGCCUCGGGAGGCCCGCCUGGAGCGGAGGAAGCGGCACCUGCGGAACUUCCUGCAGCAGGAACAGGCAGCGCUGGCCCAGGAGCUGCGGGACCUGAGACUCCGCGCACGGGCAGAAGGCGCCCAGGCCCUGCGCGUCAAGGGACAGGCCCUCAAGGGGGAGCGGCAGCAGCGCAACCAGCAGGUUGCGGAAGAGCGUCUCUACGAGUGUUGGAAGAAGAACAGCGCGAGGCUGCGGGAGGUUGAAUCCGAACUGCACCGGAAACACGUGGUAGAAGCCUGGGCCGACCAGAAGGCCCAGAAGAAAGAGCGGGAAACGGCCGAGAAGAAGGAGACGAUCCGGGCCGGAAACGAGUUCGAGAAGGCCCGCCGGGAAGCGCUGGAGCGCAUGAAGGAAGCGGAAGAAAAGCGGAAGGAGGAGGAGAGGAAGCGAGCGGAGGCCCUGCGGGGACAAGUGGAGGAGCUGAAGCGGCGCGAGGAGGAGGCGAAGCGGCUGAAGGAGGAAGAGGAAGCGCUGAUGAGGAGGAAGUGGGAAGUGGAGGCGCUGGAGGACGACAGGAAGCGCCGGGAGGAGGGGCACAAGAAGGACCAACUCCGGCGCUUCCUGAAGCACCAGUUCCAGGCCCAGAUGAGGAGGCGGGCCGAACAGGUCCAGGAAGAGCUCGAAGCGGACCGCCGGCUGCUGUGUGCGCUGUUGGAGGAAGAGGAAGCGGAAGAGCGGAAGAGGAAGUCUGCCCGGAAACAGGAAGCGCAGGCGGCCGUUUCCUGGAUGAAGGAAGUCCUAGAGCGGCAGGCACAACUCGAGCGGGAAAGGCAGGCCGAGGCCGAGACUCUCUUCCGGGAGGAAGCGAGGGCGGUCUGGGAGAAGCGGGAAGUGGAGUGGGAGAAGGAGCGACAGGCCCGCGACAGGCUCAUGGCCGAGGUCCUGAGUGGGCGUCGUGUGCAGAUCGAGGAGCGCAUGUUGCGGAACCGCGAGGCCCAGCGGGAGGCCCUGCGGAGGCGCCAGGAGAUUCUCGCGGAGGUGGAGGCGGAGCGGAGGAGGGCCCGGGAGCAGGAGCAAGAGCAGGAGGCACUCAAGACCGCACGCAAGGAGGAGAUACAGGCACAGGUGACGGAGCGCGAGCGGCAGGCUGUGUCUUCGCGGCUGGCGGAGGAGGAGACGGCGGCCAAGGAGAAGCAUCAGGCGGAGCUCCGGGCGGAAAGGGAGGCCCACGAGGCCCGGGAAAUGGCCCAACGCGGGUUCCAGCACAGAAGCUACGGCUUAACCAGAACGGCCUGGAACUGAAAUCUCGAGGGAUUGGCCCGUUUUUUUUUUUUUUUUUUUUCAUCUGGCGGCCAUUUUGUUUUGUGUUUCGUUUCCCGGCGGCCAUUUUGUUUUGUGUCUUUUCAUUUCCGCGAAGAGACGACGAGGAAGGAAGGAAGGAGGAGGCGGCCAUUUUGUUUUCCCACCCAACGUUCUGUGCUCGAUUUUUCCAUUUCUGUCAACAGGCGGCCAUUUUGUUUUCCCACCCGCCAUUUUAUUUCCAUGGAAGAAGGUGGCCAUUUUUACCCAUGUCAACAAGAGGAGGUGGCCAUUUUGUUUUCCCUCCCAACAUCCUGUGCUCGAUCUUUCCAUUUCCGUGUCAACAACAGAAGGCGGCCAUUUUGUUUUCCCACCCGCCAUUUUAUUUCCAUUUUCACCCAUGUUGACAGGAGGAGGCAGCCAUUUUGUUUACCCAGCCUCCAUUUUGUUUUUGUUCAUUUCCACAACAGAGGUGGCGGCCAUUUUGCCUUCCCACCCGCCAUUUUGUUUCCACGUCAACAAGAAGAGGAGGCGGCCAUUUUGCUUCCUCAGCCACCAUUUUGUUUUUCUACCUUUUCCUUAACAUGUCAACAAGAGGAGGAGGCGGCCAUUUUGUUUUCCCACCCGCCAUUUUGUUCCCUACCUUUUCCUUUACAUAAAAGGAGAAGGCGGCCAUUUUACCCAGCGGCCAUUUUGUUUUUCCAUUUUUUCCUUUCUAUGUCGACAACAAAGAGAUGACGGCCAUUUUGUUUUCCAAGCCGCCAUUUUGUUUUCUACUUAACAUGUCGACGAGGAGGAAGAGGAGGCGGCCAUUUUGUUUUCCCGGCGGCCAUUUUUUUUUUUUUUUUAGAGGGGUAAUAUUUUUAUUUAAUUGCGAAAUCAAGUUAACACAAGAAAUCUCGAUAGACAAUAUCCAUUUCCUUCAGAAAAUGUUAUAAAGAUUCAAUAAAAAUUUGAUUUUAUAUAUA